UUUGUAUACUAACCUAAUUAUUAUCAUCUAAUUAAUUAAACUAAUUGUAAUAAUUAUAAUUAAUUUUGUUUAUAAUUAUGAGUUCUACGAGUUUUGAAAGUUUUGUUAAAUUAAAUUCAUAUAAAAUUGUGAAGUAUUGUAGUUUUGUUUUGGUUAUAUUACUGGCCAUAUAUUUAGCACCGAGUGGUGAUUUCAUGAUCAAUGGAUUAAAAUGUUUACCUGGAUACAAUCAUGAUUUGGAUACUGUUAGAACCUCAGUGGAAAUCAUAGAAUCUCGAGGCUUUCAAUCGGAGACCCAUUACAUAACAACAACAGAUGGGUAUAUAUUGACUUUCCAUCGGAUAGUCAACCCAUAUAUAAAAGACAGGUCAACCCUAAAGCCUAUACUACUUCAACACGGCUUUCAAAGCUCAAGCAAGGGUUGGCUGAUUAACUCUGCCGGUGCUCUGGACUCCCGGGGCGUGUAUAGCGAACCGGGACGUGAGGGUCAGGUCGGCAACGCUCUGGCCUUUGUGUUGGCCACACAUGGAUACGAUGUCUGGUUGGCUAAUAUGAGGGGAAAUGUGUACUCACUUAAUCAUACAGUGUUUACUAGUGAU